AAGCGGCGCCGAAGGAAAUGUCUGUGCUAGGCUAUCGGCUUACGAGAGUUACCAUGCGUCACCAAAGCAAGUGCAUUGCUCUACCUCUACCUGAGCGACAGCAGUUUCCGUUUUGAGGGCUUACAGACUGUAGGUCCUGCGUUACUAGCACACUCGCUUCCUUGCGACGCUCCUUCGUCUUGUCAGCGAAGGCUGUCUUCCGGGUUACGUUUUCGGGACUUGGUUCUUUCGCGCUGCCCGACGAUAGUUGCAUGUAAGGUUCAGCUUGCAAUCACCUUAUAUAUAGCGGCUUUAAGUUGGCGACUUUGCUCGACGGCAUGCUGGAUGGAAGCCAAAGGCAAUCGACUGCUGUCGCAGGUUCCGGGGCUAGCCCUCGUUGAUCCUAAAUGGCUAGCUAUAAUGGUAUCAGCGACUCGGCACCGAGGACCGGUUCCGCUAGUCACAAGCAGCGGUCAAGGGGGCUCCUGGCACGGCUCAGGUACCUUUGCGUCUGCGGAGCAUCGGCACGCGAGCACGGCGCUCCCCGCGGCCCCCGCUUUAGCCCAGCAGAGCCAGUCUGCGUAGCGCUUGAGAAAUCCGAGGGAAACGGCGUUUCGGUUACGGCAGGAGACUCGGCGGACAGCCAAGCUGGCCUCAGCGGGAGCGUCAACAGGCCAGCGUUGCAAGCUGUCGGCCCCGCAUGUGCCGACACGGCCUCUGGAACCUUGGUCGUCGACGGGGAUCCCCAGAACCCAAGUGCAGCAAAGGUGGACACGCAACGCUCCUUGCUGAGGACGCUGACGUUCAAUCUGCCACCCGGAAGCACGGCAUCCCUACACGUGAGCCCAGUUCAUCUAGUAGACAUGGACGCCACAGCCGGUUUGCUUGAUGGCUCCGCCAUCGGUGCUCCUCAACCGUUCACGGGAAGCCAUGCCUUUGCUAUACCGCAGCAUGCAGCUGCCAGCGCAACCGCUGCAGCGCAGUAUGCGCUGGAACCGCCAUUUACCGCAUUUCUGGAUUCCUCGUACAAAUUCGGUGGGCGCAACGCCAGGCCGGCAGCAGAGCCAUACCCAGUUACACGGGGAGAGCUCCCACAGGCGAGUGCGGGUAGGGCAAGUACCGGUACGUUCGGCACCGUGAGGGAAGCCGUGUGGCCCCGCGCACAGCUUGAAGACGUACCAAAGCGUUCCAUAUCUGCUUCGCUCUCGACCGAGAACCCAACAGCUUCCGGGCAGAGCCCACAUGCGCCCGGCUGCUCACCCGCGCUGGCCCCAACAGCCGCCGCGUCUUCGCAGAUACAGUUUGCGCCAGCUAUCCUCCAGGCCUCGCCAUUCGCCAAUUCCGGCAUGACUCUUGCCGCCGCCUCUAUCACCGCUGUGGCAUACCACGAGCCUUUUUCCGGCCGCCCAAACUCCCAAUCCUUUUCGCAUCCGCCCCGACAACCCAUCCCGCCGCCCUCGCCUCAUCAGCCCCAUGCUUCUUCGUCAACAUUCGGACCUGCUCCGCCUCCCUAUCCUCCUUCCUUCCCCGACCUUGACCAGCUGCAAGGCACCCAGUAUCACCACGGCCUCCAUGACCAAUACCACCACUACCAGCAACAAGUGCAGUGGCAGCAGUGGCAAUUGAGCAGCUCCGCGAGCCAUCCUAUGCACUACCAGUCCUUCACCUCCGCCACGCAGCAACGACACGGGCCACAUGAUGCUGUCUUUGCUUCUACCACUCCCGUACUGGGUCUUCCAGUAAACGACGCCGGCGCCCUGUUAUGCCCUCCAUCCAACACCAACAGUUGCACCAGCCCCUUUGUGUUAAACGGUGCCAGCAUCCUGCCGGAAAGCAGCCUUGGCGCUGCCCGUGUUUCCUUCCAUCCGCGCCCUCCCGCCGAUGUCCUGGUCGCACGGUACGGCAGCGGGGCCAUGGCUUUGGAGUACGGACGUUUAGAUCCAGCAAACGAGGCCUCAAGCGGAGGCCGUAACAAGGGUUCUUCUUUCUUGCCGCGUGGUGCGCUUUGUAGUCUGCCGUCUCCGCCGCAAGCGGUGUUUCCCGCGAGUGCCUCUGCUGCUGCUGCCAGCGGCGGCGCCGGCGGGGUAAUGUCGUACGGGCCGCCGCCGCUGUCGCCUGCACGGAGCAGUACGACCGGCUUCAUGGCGUUAUCACGCGUGUCGGCAUCGGGAGCGAGUGCGAGCAUGCUCAGCAUGCCCAUUGAAACCGGGUCGGUUUGCGACUUCACGGCACCGGAUACAGGUCUUCUGGCGGAGCAAACUGCGCUCGAAAUGGGCAUGAUGGCCCCUCCGCUUGACCUCUUGGCAGCUGGUGCCAACGUCUCGCCGCAGCAACCGCUGGCUCGAGGGGCGUACGGCGUCGUAUACAGCGGCACAUGGCAUGGUUGCACCUGUGCAGUCAAGAUCAUGCUUGCAGCCAACACCGAGAACCUCAGCUACCAGCUUACAGAGCUAUUCCUGUGUCGAGCCCUUUCCUGCCAUCCCAGCAUCGUCCAAACCUUCGAUUGCAGCAUCUGGCGUGUCACGACAGACACCCUAGCAGCCAUCAACCGCCUGUGCGACGCCGGCACGGGCACGACUGCCGCCGCCGGGGUAAGCGGCUUCAGAGCCCUUGGCAGCUGCGGCCGGGGCGCCGGCGGAGUCUGCAUGGCAGCUUCUAGUUCCGUACAUCCUUACAACUACAGCAUGUACGGCGGCUACGGCCGCAGCUGCAGCUGCAUUCCCCCUUCCGCCGCCAACGCGGCCACCAGUGACAUGGGGACGGCAUUACUGCCAGACGCCGCCGCGCACAUACGUCACACGCCCUCACCUGAACCACCGUUGGCCCCUAGAACCGCUCGGCCUGGGACCACUGGCGGCAUGGUUCCAAGCUCCGAAGCCAGCAGCCUCGAUACCCAGCGCUCUGGCCACAUGUCGGGCCCCAUUCCGAGCUGUCGGUACGGCACGCUCGGUGACCCCAGCGCCUCAACUCCAGCUGCAUGCAAUCCUACCGCUCUGUCCACCUCCAAUUCACUCCCAGUCGUCGGUCUCCACGACCGUGGUCUUCCACCAAGCACUCGUACCGACACGAAGCACGCGGCGCAUGAACGUAACAGCACGCGAUGGCCGUCGCCCGAACCGCCCUGCCAUGUUGCCCCCUGCUGCCGCCGCUCCGGCCAGCACGCAGCAGCCCCGGCUGCAUGCAGCAGAGCGCACAGCUGCGGCCUGACAACAACUGCGGCGCCCAUGCAGGGCCCAAGUACGCGGGUUCUGAGCGGCUUUCCCGGCUACAUGCUUGACUCGGCUAGCACGGCGAAUCUCCCGGCAGCUGCCUCCACCUUCUCAUGCAACUCAACUGUGAACUCCGAGUUGUUGCCAAAGGUCGUCGGCGUCGGGGCUAGCGGCGCUAGCGGCGUGAGCCCACUGGCAUCGGACCGCUCCGCCUUCUUAUCGGUGACUGCUGGCCGGCCCACGGGGCCGGGUGUGGGAGUGGGCGGGCUGGUCAUGCCGGCAGUGCGUAACGCGGUGGCCACGGGCGACGAUGAUGAAGACGCGGCCGCGGCGGCUGCUGGCGCCCGCAACCUGGCUCAGGUGCUGUCCCAGCUGGGCGCGCGUGAGGGCCAGUUGGCAGUGCUCCUGGUCAUGGAGGAGUGCGACCGGGGCUCGCUACAGCAGCUGCUGAACAAGACGGCCAAGGCGGCGGGCAGGGCCGGAGUUGCAACCAGCACGGCGGGGGCUGUUGCGCAGGGGUACGGAGGCGGCGGCGGCGCUGCUGCUGGCAGUUGUGGUGGUGAUGGCGGCGGUGAUGGGGGAUCAGCGCUGUACAUGCCGUUUUCGGGCGGCGGUCGCUAUGGCGUGCUUGAGGCUCUGCGGGCGAUGGUGCAGACGGCAAAGGAGCUGGCACUGGGCAUGGCCUUCUUGCACGUCCACAACAUCGUCCACGGAGAUCUCAAACCAGGCAACGUACUCCUCAAGGGCAGCCGCCAGGACAAGCGGGGCUUCGUGGUUAAGAUCAGCGACUUUGGACUUAGCCGCGUGCUUCACACAGCCGCAGCCGCACAGCCUUGCGUUGCAGAGCCUGCAACUGCAGAAGGAGCCGGCGACGACAGCGAGGCUGAGCACAGGAGCAGUAGCGGCUGCUGUGGCUGCGGCUGCGGCGGUGGCGGACGAAAUGGCACGAUUGCGUACAUGGCUCCGGAACUGAUUAAUGGCAAGCACAUGUCUAAGGCCAGCGAUGUUUGGGCUUACGGCGUCCUGCUGUGGCAGCUGGUCACCGGCAAGCCGCCGUACGAGGACCUCCUACCCAUCCAGAUCUACGCGGCAGUGGCUAGCGGUGAGCAGCUGCUGAGCUGGCCGGACGGCACCCACCCCGCACUCGUGCAGCUGGGCCAGUCCUGUCUGGCAGUGAACCCCAAGGACCGGCCCACCUUUGCCCAGGUGAUCACCGAGGAGGAGCAAGAGCAGGAGGAGCAUCUACAUGAGUUUUGCCGGUUCGAAAGCCUCCAUGGACCCAUGGGUCUAUCUCUCGACGUUAACUGUAUGCUCCGUUUUGCUUCCUCAUGUUUAGCCUGUUUACAGUGCUUAUACUUUGUUCGUCUUUUAUACCUGUGCGUUGUGUUUCACAGAAGACCUGGUUGUGGUUGCCGCAGAUCGUGCGGAGAUUGCAACGUCUUGAGGCGGAGGUGAACACCGACAGCCUCGUCAAGCGCCCGUAAGGCUGCCCGAGGUCAUCCAUCCUUGUUGACAGCUUGCAACGCUGUCCUCUCCGUCAAGCAGCAGCAUCCUGAGCUGUGGGUCGAGGUGUUGUCAAGGGCAGCUAUCAAAGCAGAGCAUGGCGCAUGCAUGUAGCUCAGCUAGAGGGCAUGCAAGGUGCAGGAACCCCGGAUUGGGUGAACGAAUGAACCAAGCGACAGCGACCGAGCUGCAUGGGAUUCCCUCGAUGUUUUAGUUUAUUUUGAAAUUUAGUAUUAGAUAAAUAUAUGAAACGCCGGUAUGAAGUGUGUGGCUUGCGCAUGUUGCCCCGUUGCGCAUUGCAGCUUCCCUGAUGUCCAGGUUGCCGCGAGCCGCCGCAGGUCUACUUUCUUCACCAUGACCGGUUGCAUGCGAUCUUCCCCGCCCUAGCUAGGCAUUAGGCAAUUGCCGCCGCAAUCGCCGGACCAUCGCGUGCGUUGUGGCCGAUUUUCUGGUUUAGUACCCGCAUUAUGAUUGCUUGGGCGCUACAAGAUUUCCAUGCUGGCAUGCCUUUACUAUGCGAGAAGCCAUACCGGACAAAUCGGAGGGCGAUCUAAUUGUUGUCUGUUCAUGCUUUGGUAGAAGGCUGUCCUGUGUGAACCAAAGUGUUUAAUAAACCGGUGUGUGUUAAGAAAACGGUGGCAUGCGUUUGCGUCCCCGCCAUACUGCUGCCAUACGAAUAUCCAUGUCCGCUGUUGAUGUCUGGAAUGAUUCCUUGUGGUGUUAGGGGGUUGGUGGGGGACUCCCAAGGGCAUUAUAGUUUGCAUUUUGUUGGGCCUGAUGCCUGGUGCAAUACUUAUUACCCACGGCAGCACUGAGCAUGGAACGAAACCGGUGCAGGGUUGGAUUGUUUCAUGGUCUACGGUUGGGGUGGGGUGUGGGGUCAACGGUGGGGUGUUUCGUAUUCUGGCACCUGAGCGGUAUAGCAGCAGCUAUUUGGUUCCGUUGGGCACAUUUCAACCUGCCUUUCCUAUUUUUGGGAGUGGAAGGGAAAGCAGGCCUGGCUACAGAGUGAUGCCCGUUGUGCCCGUCUGUGUUGUUGUGUUGGAAGUCGCAUGUUGUGUUGGAAGUCGCGGCUUCACUGGAUUGGCUGCCUUCAUGGGAAAUCUGGGGAGAUCGUCUAUUUCGGCGGGUAGCCAGCGUUGGCAGUUUGUGAGGAAUGUGGUCGGGCUGUUGUAAUUGCACAGUGUGGCAUUAUUGCUCACUGUUGUUGACGGUAUGGCUUGCUAUUGUGUUUGACGCGCAUGAUUGAAUUCUUUCCAAUUUUGGGAGGGCUUGCGCAUGCCCUGAUAUGUUGUCAACAUGCAUCAUGGAAAAGCAAGGAGACCUGCAGCACGAAAGCAACUGCUCAGUUUAGGUACCGCUAGCGUUCUUACCUGUCGCGACGAUAGCGACUGGCAGUCAGACUGUGCGUUUCGUGGUGUAUUAGAGGGGCCGUAUGCGUGUUCCUUCGAAUCUGAGGAGUUAUCCAAGCUCCGAUUUGCAGGAAGCCUGAGGUGGUUUGACAAAAUUCCCAAGUAGGACUCUGUUGUGGCUGUACGUCUUACAGUGUUGUGGUCGCUGCAUGCGACUACUGUUGUCUUUCGUGUUUUCACGUGACGCCGUGAAGCAUCUAGCCUGUAGGACUAGCUGUGGUGGAUUCGGGGGGCAACGUGCUCAGAACCGGCGCUACCAAUGGAGGCUGCCUUAUCUUUUGUUGUCUUGUAGAGGGUUUCAUCAUCAGGUUGGUCUUGCUCCAGACUGCAGUUGGCUCUUUCUAUCAGUUUGUUGCGUGACUGCAUCCUUUGACGUACCGGUACCGGUAUCUCAACAAGCGUAGCGCCCUCUGCUCACGGUAAGGUGCAUCAAUUUGUUGGCUUAUUGGCUUUCAUGGGGCAAGUUGCCACUCCUGAUGGUAGAUCUCGUUCACGACCGAGGCUAUAACUCAAAUGGCUGUGGCCGAGUCACCGUAACGUUGCUUUGCUACGCGAGAGGCGUCGAGGGUGGUCGACCCGCCCCUCCUCAUCUUUCAUUGCCCGCCGCACCACCCGCGGCAGUUGCAGGAUGUGUCGCAGAUUCGUUGAAGCCGAGCCUGGGAAAGACGCUGCAUAUUAGCCAAAUGUGCGGGCAGAAGGCGUUGCAGGUUGCUGUACAUGUCCGUAGAAGGGUUGGAAGCCCGGGGUUUUUGGCCUGCCCUUGAUUCCAGGCGCUCCGCUAGGCCGCGCCUUGGAAGCAAGGGAUAAGCCGUAGGGACACGUCUCAUGCCAUCACACUCUUUGCGACAUGUUUCGUUGGUUGGUUGUGUGCACGCAUCCUGGGUUGAUGAUGGUCGACAUGGCUGCUCUGCGUGAAUUAGUCACAUUGGGGGCUACAAUGCGGUAUUCGCUUCUUAACGUACGCGUACUGACUUUCUUAUGCUUUGUAAAGCAAUGAAGGAACACGAC